UUAUUCGACUUCAACAUUGAAGUUAAGCCGAUUCUUGAAGUACUGGUUGGAAAGACAAUUGAACAGGCCCUGUUGGAGGUCAUGGAAGAGGAGGAAAUUGCAGAUCUUAGGAAGGAGCAGGCAAUUCUGCAGGAAAUUCACAAUGCAGAUCUCGCUGAAAUUGCUCGCCUGGAGGAAAGGAACAGACGCUACAGAGAGGAACAGGCGCGACGACGAAAGCAGGCCGAGCACGCGGCCGUCUUACGCCAAGAAACAGCCGAUAAGAUCGCCGCCCGCUGCUUCGUGAAAGCCUACCUGGAACCGCUUCUGCCAACGACCUUUGAACAACUCAUGGAACGUGGAUACUUCUAUGAUGCCGUGCAGAAUGAAAUUGACGAAAACUUCUAUACGCCCAUGUUGGAGAAUGUCCUCGACAACAACGUCCGAGAACGCCGCGCACGAAUUCUGGUGGAUGGUAUCAUCCAGGAAGUGAGUUUUUUAUUGCUUCAUGAAAUAUUUAUACCGAAAGUUACUCGAAUUUUAUUAUUUUAG